AUGAAGACAUAUCCACAUCCACAUCUCGGCCCUACAGAGUCCGUCGAUGAGGAAACUCUCGCCUCCCCGGAGCACACAAUUCCCUUUGAUCUAAGGUGUUCCGCCAGCGAAGUGACGGACCACCCCGAAUUCUCUUCCGACUUUGGGGGUAACUCAUCCAUUACAGCACAGUCGGCCUACGCAACCGAGUUCCUGGAAACGGCUGUCUCUAGAAGCGGGCUUCAGACUGUAGACCCGGAAAUCAAAUCGGCUCUCGCGACACUCAAGCAGAUUGCUCACAUCCAUGAAAUCCAACGACUCUCGACAGCAAUGCGCUUCCCCAAUGAAAGGCCUAUCCCGAAAGCCGGUCUUCCUGGCCUACCGAUGCCUCCUCACCAGGCAGUUCUAUCAAUUUUACGCAACAUCAAAGUGAACACUCCUCUAUGCUUCCAGCUCUCGUCCCCUUUUAUAACCGUUGAAUAUUUUAUUGAAAAAUGCCGUGCGGUCUAUUUUUCCACUGAGCCCUUCUCUGAUGCGACUUUUAUCAUUGUCAAUGGAAAACUUUCUCAUAUACUCUAUGAAUACACCCUCACGACUCAGAGCCCUGAUGCCAAACGGGAGUUUACAGAUUACUAUAAUAUCUGCCGCUGUAAUUUGGAGACUGCUUUGUCAAAUAUCAGGCUUUUAGUCCCGCCGAAAAAGGAAUCUGUCGAAGCUCUUCUAUUAGGGACGGUCCAUUCCAUUGAUCUCUGCAAGCCGUCAUUAGCCUGGUCUUUCAUAUCUGCUGCUGCUGCGGUAUGUCAGACUCUGGGCUACCAUCGUUCGUUAUUGAAAGACGACAUCAGCGCCAGUGACCAGGAGGCCAGCCGAAAUCUUUUUUUGUCUGUGUACAUCUUCGACAAGUCUUUGUCUCUGAGGCUUGGGCGAGCUUCGAGUAUUCGAGAUCACGACAUUUCGUUACCGUUUAAUCUCGACCUCAACUGCUCUGAUCCAAUCAUGGGCAUGUUCUCCCUCUGGGUGGAUUUUGCCAAGGUUCAAGACAAAGUCUAUACCGAGCUCUAUAGCCCUGUCGCCUUGUCUCAACCCGAGAGAGAUAGAAUUUUACAUGCUAGUCGACUGGCAUCUGACAUGCGUCGGAUUAUCGCGAAAUCCUCAAAGCCAAUCAACCAGAACUCUGACGAAGAGUCAAUAUUUCAAUUCAUACUACGUCAAUCUAAUGAAAUCAGCCAUCUCUCCACAUUGACGCUGAUAUACAGAGCCAUUCCUGCACCAGAUAACUCUGAUAGCACAUUUGUCGCCGAUUGCGUCGAGACCGCUCGAGCGGCUUUGGAAUCCCACGAAAGCUGCAUCGCGCAAUUAAAGAAGGCCGAUGAUAGAAUUAAGGCUUCCUACACCCAUUGGUCCAUCUUCUAUGCGCCUUUUAUCCCUUUCAUGGUCAUAUUUUGUCAUGUCAUCGAAUUAUCCGACUCUUCUGACCUCCACAGACUGGAAGACUUCGUCCUCUCGCUACAGCAUCUCGGUUCCUUGUCCGAUCCCGCAAGGAGACUUCAUCAACUCUGUCAGCUUCUUGCAAAAGUUGCCCGGUUAUACAUCGACGCAAAGGCCCAGAGCCAUGAGGAUCAAUCUAUAGCUUUGGCUGGCCAAGAAUUCGAUUUUUACCUAUCCACCCUUGGAUUGGCUCACUCCGCAGUACCUGACGGGGUCGACCCAUCUUUGCGAACGGUGGCAUCACAAAGCCUACCUCUAAUCCCAUCAUCUGAAGAUUCCUUGGGUGGAUUAUCUUCAACCUCCCGGAAUUCAUAUCUGACUGAUUGGUUUUCGGGAAACCAACAUAUGAUGGGAUUGUUGGAAGAAGACUUGUCGAUAUUAAGGCCAUCAAUGGAAGACUGA